UCUAUGACAGUCAAAGACGUUCAUAGCCUUUCUGCUCUUUGUGUUUUGGCAAAGGACAGCCCUCAUGUAAAUGGAUUUCAAACUCUUGUGGGACUCAUGUUGCUUGCUCGAGGAACUAGCAAGCAGGUCAUUACAGGCUUGAAUCACAUAGGUGUAUCAUUGUCAUAUUAUGAAAUUCUGCGUUUGGUAGAACAAACAGCUGAUGCAAUUGCGUCAAGCAUUGCCAUCCAACAUGGAACAUGGAUAGUUGCCUACGACAACGUAAAUUUUUACAAACACGUACUGCAUGAGAGACAGGGCAGGCACCAUGAAUCUUGGAACUUCACAAGUCGUCUGGCAACUAAAGUGAUGAAUCUCCCUUCUGAGGAAUUAUUGAGUACAGCUGGUAUACCACAAUGUCGUAGAUCAUCUCUAAACCACCAAGACCUACUGCCGACUGAUGAAGACGAUGAGUACUUUAUUCAUGCAGCUAGACGUUAUGUGAAAAACCUGCUUGUCCAUUACUUCAGAAGUUGCAAUGGCCUCCUCAAAAGCAGCAAUCCUAGACAUGGACAGAAGACCAACAAAUCAGUUCUUUAUCCCAUGCCUCUCAUGGACAUCGACAGCAGCUACAUUGACAACAAUGUUACAAUUUUGGAUGACUUUCAAAGAAGACUCAACAUUGAUGAGGAGCUAAGCGCAGAAGAGUGGCAGAGUUUAAUUAAUCCUAGAGACAAAUUGACUUGGGCAAAAGAAAACCCUGGUGACUUUCAUUUUCAAUGGGAGUGUCUCAAGGUCAUCUUUCUGCUUUUUGGGGGAUCCUCAGAUCAGCCAGGGUCACUUGCUCAACUUAGAGACACUGUAAAGAGGAGAACUGUUACAAGUGAUGCCAAGGUAUUCCAACAAGGAGAUGAAUUUGUACAGAAUGCACUUGAUGCCCACUUGAUUGCAUCUCUUCUCGACUUCUUGAAGCUUGAUGAUGAGUCCCAUACACUACCACCAGAUGAACUUCCACUCACUGAAACAAGGAUUAACCAAUUAGUAAACCAGUUUGUUGACACAGUCAUUGCUGUUCCUACAGAUGAACAACAGCCAGAAGCAGAUCAUGUCUAUAAUUUUCACCGCUCAUUUGUACAUGCUGCACUCUUCUACCAUGACCUAAGAGAUGUCAUCAAGUAUGAGGAUGGACCAGGAAUAAUUCGGCAAUGGCGAAUGUGGCUCCUGUUAUUUCUUGCAAGCAGACGACGAAACUACAGUGUUGAAGCAGCAAACUUACUAGCAAACCUGAAAGCUGAUUUUUCAAAAUGGAUGGCACAUAUUGCAACCUACAAUCGUACUAUCAAUUCCACGGGAAUACCAGGCCAUGGGAAACCGAUUGAUCAGGCAGUUGAACAUCAUAAUCUCAUUAUAAAAAAUGCACUGAGAUUAUCAGGCAGCAACAUAACUGAGCACCACCUGAAAGUGGUGAGUCUGUCAGCUCAGAUGUUACAGGACUGUGCAGAACUCUAUGACGAACAAGUCCAAUCUCCUUUUCGUUCAAAGCGACGUACGAGAACUGAAGUACUGCAGGACAUAAAACAGAUGGUUUUAACUCUACGAGAAAACAGAGUAACUUGCAAGAUACCUCACGAAAGCUCAAAAACAACAAAGACUUCAACAUUCCAAUUAGCCUGGGAUAUGCAAAAGCUUUGUCGCAGCAAUGGCGGAGGAAGUUUUUACAAAGGUCUGAAAUGGAGUUGGACAAGAAUCCCAACCUGUAAGAACUGCAUGCUGAGAUUGAGGCAUCAGAUGAACUUCCUUUCCCCUAACAGACCAUUUAGUCUACCAUUAUAUGACAUAUAUGCACACCUCUGGCUGAAGGUGUCGUUUACUCAUUUACUAGUUGUAAAUAAACAAUGUAUCUGUAACUGUCAGUUUAAAGAACACAUCAAUUUUGCUGAAUUGUAUUCUGUGUGA